CAAACUUGUUGGCUCGAGAAUUUUUCAUGACAGAGGGAAACUGUGUCAGAGAUUUUAGACAUGGAGGAACCAUCGGAGGAAGUUUGUUGGUUCCCAUGUUCUUCAUGGUGAUCAUUUAUUCGUGGUGGUCGUGCUGAUUUUUUCAGUCGGGAAUGCAAUCAAAGUUUCACGUCGAUUAAAUUAAUAAGGGGAUGAUCCAGAGUUUAUUGUAAGGGAUAACAACUAUCCCCAAUUGUAUGAAACAUUUUGGAUGAAAUCCAAAGUGAAGUCGUUAGGGUUUAUGUUGAAGGUGGUGUUAGUUGAGAUAUAUAGAGAUGUGUUGUAUCUACAAAAAAAAAAAAAAAGAAGAAAAAAAAAAAAGGUUUCUGUUCUUGAGCUCUUCAAAUCAUAGACUUCGGAUAUGAUAAUUAGCAUAUGAUCUGUCAAACUAUGUUCAAAUUGGGCAAAUAUGCUUGUACUGGAGUAAUUACUAAUCAUCAAAGUCCUGGUAAGACCUGGCAUCGGGCCAGAAUAAGACCUGGCUAGUGGGACCCAUAUCCUUUCCAAUUUGAGAUGUAAAAUGGUUAAAUUAUAUAAAAUGUGACUGAGCUAUCACUUCAAAUUCUUCAUUUUUAUCUCUUUAACCUUCGAUUUAAAAUGAAGAAAAGAAAACCUGAUACUGGUGAGGUAAAAUGUACAAGGAACAUAGUUGGUAAACUUCAAUUGUGUUUUUGAACUCUAGAAGUUUAAAUUUUAAACUUUUGAAAUUGCUCAACUUCUGCCAGUUUCUACUAAAAUGAAGAGACUAAAGCUACUUGGCAUGAGUUGUUGAAAUUUUAGAUUGAUUUUUCCUACGUGGAAGUGCACGAAGGCAGCCCAUCUUUCAAUAAUAAUUUUUAAAAUACGUCAAUUUAUUCUACUCAUUAGUAUAAUUAAAAAAAAAAUAACAAAAACAGUAACCUCAAAAUUUCAGUAAUAAGUUUGUUUCUUUUGAAAAAAGAACAUUAUUGAAAAAUUCCAGCAGCAAAGAAGAAUUAGUUAAAAUUUCAACCUAAAAUCACUGAGUAGAUUAAACUUUAGGACUCAAAUAUUGCCAAAUUUAAAAUAGUAGAACAAUAUACUCAAUAAUUUGGAAAACACAAUAAUGGUAACCAGAAUAUUUAACUAUAUUGUAAAAUUAAAAAUGGAAAAUAUAAGAUACCCAAAAAUAAGAAAGGUUCCACCGAGAUUUGAACUCGGGUUACUGGAUUCAGAGUCCAAUGUCCUCACCACUAGACCAUGGAACCGCUUGGAACACAAAUGAACAUUUUAUAUAAACAUUACUUUUUGAAACAAAAUAAAUAAAUAAAUUUUAGUUCUUAAAAACUUUUUAUGUUUUUUUAUCUUAUAAGUUCUAUAAACUUAUGAACUUUAAAUAUGAAAAUCCAUAAACACAAAAAUCAGCACCGAAUCUCAAAAUACUUUAUUAUAUAAUUUAUUUUAAAUUCAAAAAAACUAAUUCUUUUCUCAAAUUUGGUUCUAAAACUUUAAAUUUUAUGUUCCAACACCUCUCCAAAAUUUAAAAAAAAAAAAUGUAAUAAUUUUCUAAAACUUCCAAUUUUGUUUGCUAAAGUUCUCUAAACUUUGAAUGACCUAUUCAAUAUUUUUUCAAGAUAUACCCACACAUGGAAUAUAACACUUAUCUACUAGUAUUAAAUUAAAGAAAAUAAUCAUUAUAUCGUACCUAUUGGUCAAAAUUUAAAAAAAAAAAUUAAGAAUCUAUUAAACAUUUUUAAAGUUGAACUUAUUAGAUACAAAAUCUUUCGAAUAUUAUUAAACAUUUCAAGAACAUACUUUUUUAAAAGAAUAUUAAAAUACAUGUAAAUUUAGAUAUUUGGUUCAUUUACUUUUUGAAUAAAACUAUGAAGUUUAAUAAGUUAAAUUAAAAUUAUAAAAUUACCAAAAUGAUAUUUUAUAGAAAAAAGAAAAGAAGAAAGAAAGAGAGUUAUAAAAGAGUUUGAAAGGCCACAAUUUGUCUUAGUUCAUUCUGAAAUUCAUCAAUGGCUUGCAUUUUUCUGAAACUUGGCGACAUCAUAUCCACACCAAACAUAUCCCCUCAAAUCCCAAUCCAUUUCUCUUAACCAAAUCCAUUUUUCAUCUUUUUUUUUUCUUUUUUCUUUUUCCUUUUUGACUUCAAUUCCCAAUUCCUUCGAUUCUUCCAUUUCACUUCCACUCACAAUUUUCUGAAAUGUCAGGGGCUUGUUCAAUCCCCUUCGCCAACAUCAAAAUCCCCUCCACUUCUUCCUCACCGGCCGCCACCGCCUCUGCCGCUUCUCCCUCCGCCUCCGCCUCCUCUUCCGCUUCUUCUUCAUCCUCCCUUCACUCUUCCCUCCGAUUCCCCUCCUCCAAGCCCUUCCUCUUCACCAUUCGAAGCUCUCAGACCGAAGGCCCUCUUCGGAGACCCUCCGCUCCUUCUCUCAGAGACCCCUCGCCGCCCUCUCCCCCUUCGCCCACGCCUCCUCUCAAGCCUUCUCCUCCCUCGCAAUCGCCUCCCUCACCGGUUUUGAAACAGGAUAAUGUGAUCACAUUGGAGUUUCAGAGGCUGAAGGCUAAGGAGCUUCAGGAGUAUUUUAAGCAGAAGAAGCUUGAUGAAGCUGAUCAGGGACCGUUCUUUGGCUUCAUCGGGAAGAAUGAAAUUUCUAAUGGAAGGUGGGCUAUGUUUGGUUUCGCUGUUGGAUUACUGACUGAGUAUGCAACUGGUUCAAACUUUGUUGAUCAAGUAAAGAUCCUUCUCUCAAAUUUUGGGAUAAUAGAUCUCGAAUGACACGAUGUACAAGGUCGAUGUUGCUAUAUUUUUCCAUUUUCUUUAAUUAUGUAUCUACAUGAUGUAAUUCAUCCUAUAGUCUUUAUGAGAGUUUUGUUGUCUGUUACACUUAAUUACCAUUCAAGUAUGUGUGCUCCUUGCAAUACUUACUGUUUUUCUGUUAUAUAUAAAAAUCUUCCCUUUUUUA